GGCAGGCGGCUCGGUGCGGUGCCGGGAUAGGCUCGGUGGUGCCGGAGCAUGCACGCCUUCGGGCCUCCGUCCGAGCCGCCCCGAGCCCGGGAGCUGUUGGACGCGGCUCUCCGCCCGCCCGCCGGCGGCCCCUACGCGUGGCUCGGCGGCCCCGCCGCCCCCUAUCCGCCCGCCGUUCCGUUCCCACCGCCGUGCCCAGAGCGGGGCUGGACGUCGCCGCUCCCGCAGCACGAGGGUCCGCGCCCGGCACGGCCGCCCUACUCGUAUUCGGCGCUUAUCGCCAUGGCCAUCCACAGCGCGCCGGGCCGACGGAGGACCCUCAGCCAGAUCUAUCAAUACGUGGCCGAGAAUUUCCCUUUCUACAAGAAGAGCAAGGCGGGCUGGCAGAACUCCAUCCGACACAACCUGUCCCUCAACGACUGCUUCAGGAAGGUCCCGCGGGACGAGGAUGACCCGGGUAAAGGCAACUACUGGACGCUGGACCCCAACUGCGAGAAAAUGUUCGAUAACGGCAACUUCAGGAGGAAGAGGAAGAGGCGUCCCGAGGCCGGAGACAGCGGUGGGGCUGCGGGGGGCCCCUGUGUGAGCGCAGCCCCCGGGCACGGCGAGAUGCACUGAGGUGGAGGAGGAAGGAGUGUUUUUGUGAUGUGUAACUCCCCCUGUUAGAUGCUGAAAGGAAUCACCAUGGGGUGAGCUGGAUGGGAGGCUGGCUUUUCCUCCCCCUUGACAAGAGCAGCCUGUCCCAGCCCUGCCUGCUGACCUCCUGCUCUGUGGAUGCCCGAGGUGCCUUCCUCUCCUCUGUCCAGGUGUGCAGCUGGGAUGCCCUCACUGCAAGGCACAGCUCUCAGAUGUGGUUGGGGUGGUGUUGGGCUCACUGAGUGGGGAGGGACAGUGGGACAUGCCCCUGGAGCUGGGCUUGGCGUGUGGGGCAGCCAGCCCCACAUCCUCUGUGGCAUUUCUGAAUAAAACCCCUUUAUUUUCUCAAACACAAAAGAUGAUCUUUGUGUCAGCCCGUGGAGCUGAUGAUAAUUUAUCCAAAGAAUUUCAGAUUUAAUCGAGCAUCCAAAAUGAUGCCGGAUCCCUGCUGAGGAGCUCUUUAAUUGCUGGGUUUGCUGCUGGCCCCCACGAUGAGUGUUUGCAGGGUGCUGACAGCCUGCGGUGCGCGUGUCCCCGUGCAGACCGAGCUGUUUGUUUAAAAUGCCUCUGGUUUACCCACUUUGUCACACAGACACAGAGUUUCUGUAUUUUUAUGAAGCCUCAAAACAAUGCGACAUCUGCAUUUGUAUUAAAUAUCUGAAACAAGAGG